GGAGAGAGCGCGCGGCGCGUGAGGCCCCGCGUGGAGCAGCGGCGGGAUGAGGCCGGGUUUCAGCCCCCGGGGGGGGCGCGGAGGCUUCGGCGACCGGGGGGGCCGCGGGGGCGACCGGGGGGGCCGCGGGGGCUUCCGGGGGGGGCGAGGCGGCGGUUUCAAGUCCCCCGGGGGGGGGCGCGGCGGCAGUUUCGGGGGCCGAGGACGAGGAGGCCCCGGCCGGGGGGGCCGGGGGGGGCGCGGAGGCCGGGGGGGCUUCAAGGGGGGCAAGAAGGUGACGGUGGAGCCCCAUCGGCAUGAAGGGGUGUUUAUCUGUCGGGGGAAGGAGGACGCGCUGGUCACCCGCAACAUGGUGCCGGGGGAGUCGGUGUACGGCGAGAAGAGGAUCUCGGUCGAGGAUGGUGACACCAAGGUGGAGUACCGCGCCUGGAACCCGUUCCGCUCCAAGCUGGCCGCCGCCAUCCUCGGGGGCAUCGACCAGAUCCACAUCCGCCCGGGGACCAAGGUCCUCUACCUGGGCGCCGCCUCGGGGACAACGGUGUCCCACGUCUCCGACAUCGUGGGGCCGGAGGGCCUGGUCUACGCCGUGGAGUUCUCGCAUCGUUCGGGACGCGACCUCAUCAACGUGGCCAAGAAGCGCACCAACGUCAUCCCCGUCAUCGAGGACGCCCGGCACCCCCAUAAGUACCGGAUGCUGAUAGGGACAUCAAUGUCCCCCAACGACCCCAAAGGGACCCCAACGACCCCAAAUGUCCCCAACGACCCCAAAGGGACCCCGAUGACCCCAAAAGGACCCCGAUGA